ACAGAACAUAUUUGCGAAUGAUAUUUUACGACGGAAAAGUAAUCAGAAAAAUUAGAAAAAUUAUAAUGUUACAUCAAAACGCAAUUACGUUUAUAAUCCAGAUUUGUAUACUACAAAUAUUUUCUCAUACGGUUACGUAUACAUGGAGUAAAUUUUGCGUACUAAAAUUAUGAUAAUUAUAGACUGUUGUUCAAUUAUAAUUAUAGAGUGAAGACAUGAAAGUUUUUGAAAUCGUAUUGAAUGAUAUGAAUUACGACGAGCAGAGUGAAAAUGAAAUGAUUCGGCCAGCGGAUCUUAGAGAUUUGAAACUUGUCGCGGAAGAUGAGGACAGAUAUAAACCAUUACAUUCUCAUGUAAAAUAUUACAAUGAACAAAACAAGGAAAAUAAAAAACAAUUCCCCAAUGCAUUUCCGUAUUUACGACCACGUGUGGAAGAAAUAUUUAAUUCGGAACAAGAGGAUAAACCAUUUAUUGCUGGUUUUAAACAUGAAUUGGACAAAGUAAGUGUCACAAUCGCUUAAAAGUUUCUUUCCCUUAACAUUAUUAAAUCUAGAGUUUUCAAUUAGUACUUUUUGAAGAGCGCAAAGGAGACGACGACUACCCAUGAAAUCAAAUCAAUGAAAACAAUAAGUGACGAAAAGACAACAGAUCGAAUUAGAACAGAUUUUGAUAAAAGAAAUAUGAGAAAAAUAAAAAGAUUACAGAAUUAUCGAAAUGGUAGAAUAUAAAAACAUUAUUACAGAAAUACGCAAUAUUAACAUGUACAAUAAAUCAUAUAUCAUCGUUGAUAAAAAUACAUGUUAAUCAAUAAAGGAAAAAGUAUAAAGAAUAUCUUUUCACUGUCACAUAAAUAGAUAAAGGUACAAAAAUCAUUAGAGUAAAGCGCGAAGAGGCAGAAUACCAUUAUGAGACG